GAAAAUCUUUACUGCCUGGAUGCAACAAGAAUUAUUAUCUCGUUUGCUUGCCCAUGUCCCAGAUGAAUUACAAAAUAAUUUUCUGAAGGUCUCUAAGUCAUUUUUGGAGGGGAGAACUUCACUUGAAAGUUAUGUCUGCCAUUUGAAGACUAGUGUCGGCAUAUAUGCACUUGUAGAAGCUGUAGGUAUCGGUAAGGGGAAGGCAGAUCUUACAGGCCUGGCCAUGGAGCCUCCAAGGACCACUCAAGUUUCCCCUGAAAUACCAUCUUUGAAGGUUUGCUUAUCUUUUACAUCUGGUGACAUCAUCAGAUCUUUAACUGGAGACUUUUGAUUGAGCAAAGCACGAUGUAAUGAUAUUUUUUGGGAAGCCGUUUGGCCACGUCUGCUUGCAAGAGGGUGGCACUCUGAGCAACCUAAGAAUCAGUGCUCUGUCAGUUCCAAACAUUACCUAGUUUUUCUUUUGCCUGGAGUGAAGAAGUUCUCAAGAAGAAAACUUGUUAAAGGAAGCCACUACUUUGAUUCAGUUAGUGAUGUUUUGAGCAAAGUUGCACCUGAACCAACACUUAUUGAGCUUGAUUCUGAAGGAAAUGGUAUCAGGAGCUGUAAUAAGGAAAAUGGGUGCAUUCCAGGAAAGUCAUCAGAUCAGGACGAUCCUCCCAAUCAUAAGCCUCGUUAUCUCAAGCCCCAAGUCUCUAUUUUCACUUCAAACCAUAUGAAGUUCACAGUAGUUGAUUCCAGUUUGGUUCAUGGAGGAAAAGCAUCCAAGAUGAGAGAACUGAGAUAUUCACCAAUUGAUUUGAUGAUUACUUCCAAACCAAUGCGUAAGGAUACUAGAGAUUCAUGGCGGGUAAAUGCUAAUCAUAUGCUGUCAAAAAGUGACAAGUGUGUUACUAACGCACAGCAUUGUGAGGGCAUAACCAAUAGCUCUACCGCACACCACAUCAAAUUUACCAUUGUGGAUACCAGUUUGCUCCUCGGAGGCAAAUCAUCCCGGGUGAGAGCACUCAGAUAUUUACCUGUUAAGUUUGAAAUUUCUUCUAAAAUUAAUAAUUGUUCAGGAGGAAAUGAAGAUAAUUCAAGUGAUGAUUCUUUGGAUGAGCAUGAGCAAAGAAUUGCUGACAGACUAUCAAGUGAUGGUUCAGUUGCCACUGAUACAAAACCUAGUAGUGAGCUAGUUAUUGCCGAUAAUUUUUUGAAAGGUAAGGGUAAAUAUGAUAAUGACAGUUCAAAUCAAAAUACAAGGAAUUCAUGUAUUGCAGACCAUAGUUUGUUGAUUCAACAGGAUGAGAAGACCAAUACAUCUGAAGAUUCCAGGUCAAAGAGGAUAAUAAAGCACCAUUUCAGUCGAAGAGCUAAAUCUAAUCAUUCUGUUAGUUUAGUUCCUCUGGCAAAACGGAAGAAAUUAACUGCUUGUGUUACAACAGAGGCAAGUCCCGUUACUGAGAAUUUCACUGCUCUGUCAAUUAAUUUAGCUUCUCCUAUGAAACGACAAAGAUUAACUGUUUGUGCUAAGACAAAGAGAAGUCAUCUUAUUGAGAAUAUCUCUAGUAAUCCAAUUAAUUCAGUUUCUCCUAUGAAGAGCCAGAGAUUAAAUGCUUGUACUAAGACAGAGGAAAGUUACCUUACUGAUAAGUUUUCCGCUGAUCUUAGUGAACAAACAAGGCUAUGCUGUGCCUUAAAAUCUCAAGAUGAACCCAGCAAUGAUGUUCUCCAUGUGAGUCAUUUUCAAGAGAAAGUAUCAUCUAUUAGUUCUUCACCAGAAAGCAAUCCAGAAUCCAUGGAGACUCCUCAAGGGAGUAGUGAGAAGCUUCCAUCCCUGUCAUCAAUUGGCUCAAACCCACCCCCGCUUCCACUGGACACUCGGAAUGGUGAACCAGGAAUGGUGGAAGCUGAUGGCAGCCAGUUCAUCAUUGUGAAUAAUUAUGAUGAUUUGUUGAGAACCACUACUAAUGUUUGUGCUGAAGAGCAGCACCUAUAAUGAACCUUCGGAGGCAAAGCAAAAGAAGUAGACCACUGACCACUAGAGUGUUGGAAGCUCUUGAGAGUAGUUUUUUCAACAUGAAGAGGACGCAAAAAGUUAGAGAUGUGCAAGCACAAGCAAUCCAAUUUUCAAGUCCUUCCCGAAAGGUAGAGUCAAAGCAACAUCACAGCAUGGGAAUACUAGCAGUAAAACUGUGGAUGAGAAGGAAGGAAAAAGCACAGAUGAUGCAUUUAUUUCUUACAAAGAUAUUAUGAACAAUCCUCCUCAAGUGGCUUACUAGCUGUUUGCGAUCUUCAGGGCUGGUCAACAUCGUGAAGAUCUUAUCAAGGACAACUGAUGUAUCCAUUUGUUGAUAUCUUGCCUGGUCCAAUAUUUUCUGAUGGAAGCCUCAAACAUCCAUGGUAGGGAGGAAUUUGCUUCAAUUUUUUUCUUUGCCGAUAGUAUAGACCGGCAUUCUACACAUAGGAGGGCUUUAGCAGUGAUUCAUUUGCCUUUAUUCUUCUAUUUGUCUUCCCUUCAGAAAAAAUGAAACAUCAGUUUUUGGUUUGUUAGGAUUAGAAGCCAUUUCAGGAUUGGCAAUUGCUUCAGUAAACAGAUAACGGUCAGUUAGGAGGUACUUCCCUGUACAAAGCAUGCACAAGUCUUCGAAGUAGGAGAAUAAUUUAUGAAAGUUUUGUUCAUUUUUAUCUCCUGCACUGCUCAUUUACAUAAUAGAAGGUUCCUUUAACAACUUGUCAAUGUGGCCGUUAAUGAUAUUUUUGUCCUCCUUCGCUGAUGAAUUAUGAUAGCUGCUUCAGGGUUCAUGUUUAAUCAAACUUCUGGUUUGUUCAGUUUAUGAUGUUCCUGCAACCAAUAUUAGCACUGGUCAAUAUGGUUUCCUGCAUGUUUGCUAAGGGUUUUAUUUCUUUGUGGUUAUUCAAAGCUUCUUGGUUUUUUUAUUUCUUGGGCUCUACAAAAGCUUUCUGCUUUACAGCUCAUCCAAUGAAUUUGCAUGUUGGACUUGCACUUUUAAAACUUUCAACUGUUCUUCAAUGAAAAAUCUUUUGAUCAUUGUGUUUUUCUUUAGAUUUA